AUGCCUGUAAAGGCGUCGACGUCGACGGUGCGAUGGGUUCGUGAAGAAGCUGGACCCAUAUUCAGCGGUCUUCGUUUGCUAUUCCGUAGUCAACUAGGUUACGAAGGCAGAGAGCUUGAGCAGCAAUUUUACCGAAAUGGCCUGCGAACGAUAGUCGGUGGAGGAACGGUUGUCGAUCCUCUAAACCCCAACAAGCCUUCACCUUCACUGUCUAUUCCUGAAACAGCUGCUGAUAUUCUUGAAAGAGCUAACGCAGUUGCUAUAGGAAUUCGUACGUAUGCAGGCUUGGUGACGAAUGGUGCACCGCCUGGAUCUGGUGGAUACACCGUGUCUCCUUCGGGAGAAAAGGCCUAUAUCACAAAUCCGUUUCCGAGCAACAACGUUGUUUUCGGAUUGGGAAGGGUGGCGGAACUUGUUUCCAAAGGAGUUCUGUCUCUCCCGAGUUUCUCACUUCCGAACCUUGAACGACUCGGAGAAGCAGCUCAGAAAGAGCCGUACUUCAAGGAGACCGACUUUGCGAGUGCUAAGUCCACCGUAAUCCCUUCAUCUGGAAGCAUACUGGACAAUGACGAUAUGGAGGCCGAACAGAAAAUCCGAGGGAAGAAUAAGAACAUAUAUCGUCCAGUUCUUCCCGAAGGUUAUGUCGUCGAUGCUGGUGAUAUGAUGAACGGCCUAUCGAAAAGCAAGGAGAGUAAAGUACCAUCAUCUCGAAUUGGACGGCAAGUGCAAUUUGCGAUUUUAAAUCCCUUUCUGGCUUCUUUCGGUCAGCUAGCUGUCGGACUUGCCGGAGGUGCUGCAGCCGAGGUCACUCGUCGAGCUUUCACAUUCGGAACAUCAGAAAUUGCUGAAGGAUUGCCAACCAAUCCCCUCUUUUCUCCUGCAAACGCCGAUCGAAUUGUUCAGACUUUAUGUCGGGUGAGAGGAGCAGCUUUAAAACUCGGGCAGAUGCUUUCAAUACAAGAUCCUGAGACCGUUCCCGCCGGCCUGCUUGAAAUUUUUGAGCGUGUUCGACAUAGUGCUGACUUUAUGCCUUUGAAACAGGUUGACAAACAGAUGACUGCCUCCUUUGGAUCGGACUGGAGGUCGCGAUUCGCUUCUUUCGAAGAACGUCCUUUUGCAGCAGCCUCUAUUGGACAGGUACACAAGGCUGUUUUAUUCGAUGGGCGCAACGUUGCUGUGAAAAUUCAAUAUCCGGGAGUUGCGGAAGGGAUCGACUCUGAUAUCGACAAUCUUGUGUCCAUACUUUCUUUCGGCCAACUUUUCCCUAAAGGAUUGUUUUUGGAGAAUUUUGUGGAGGUAGCACGCAAGGAACUCGCCGAUGAGUGCAGGUAUUUGAGAGAGGCACGUGCUAUGAAAAAAUUCCGUGAGUUGCUUGCUGACUCAAACGACUUCUACAUUCCCGAAGUGGUGGAUUCGCUUACCACAGAUCGAGUUCUCACUGCAGAAUAUAUCGUAGGAAAACCUGUUGAUCAAUGCGUGAACGAACCACAAAUUGUUCGCGAUUACAUUGCUGCAAAGUUCAUCGAACUUUGCCUUCAUGAGAUUUUCAUUUGGAGAUUCAUGCAGACGGAUCCAAAUUGGUCAAAUUUUUUCUUGGGAGUUCAUCCAGUGACAGGCAAACCUCGUAUGAUUCUUCUUGAUUUUGGAGCGACUCGUUCUUACAGUAAAACAUUUGUCGACAUCUAUAUGAAAUUGAUAAAGGCAGCAGCAGACCUUGACACUGAAAGAAUCACUAAGUAA